AUGAGCACUUCCUUGCCUGAUAAUUCGGGGGAACAUUUGGCUAGCUUGGAUGUGAAAAAAAAAAAGAAAAAAAAAACACGAGAUGUAAAGGAUGAUGGGGGUGUUAAACAGUGCCCGGUGGGUAAAUCCCCUGUGAAGGAUAGGACAAAAAAGCGGGAAAGAAAAAGAGAUAAAAAAGAAAAAAAAGAAAUUUUCCAAACUACCCCAAAUAGCCAAAAUGUCGAAAACGGUGAAAGUAGCCCCAGUGGCCCACACAACAUUCGAGUCAAUGAAGACGCAGAGGACUGCUAUCGGAAGGAACAGAACGAACAACUCGUUGAAGGCGAAGAGGCAGAUGACCUAACGACACGAAUAGGGGUCCCCACUGAGGAUCCCCACACAAAUCAAAAUUUUGAAAAAAAAAAGAAAAAAAAGAAGAAAAAGAAAAAGAGAAAGAAGGGGGAAGGUGACGAACAAGAUGACCAUAACAAUGGCGAAGCUGAAGAAGAAAGACCAAUGUCAAAAGCGAAGGAGGAAACAGAAAAAAAAGUGGAGGCACAACACGAAGUAGACAUAAACCAUGUGAACAGUCAAAUAAAAGAUGAAAAAGAUGUCCCAUCAAAUGGGGAGAAUAACAUUGAAGGUGAAGCUCCAGGGACAGGAGGCUACAUUAUAAGUGGGAGAGACCUUGCAAAAGGUACCACAAGUGUAAUCCGAAAAGGGAAUACAGAGAGUGCAGAAAUCAAAUCCACCAUGAAGGAAAAGAAAGGGGGAAGAGAAAACUGUACACUCCAUAAUAGGAAUGCCAGUUGUGGCAGUGAUGCACAUGAACAAGCGCAGGUAAAAUGCAACCAGGGGGAUACACAACUGGACGAAACAGAGAAUCAGGUAGGUCAAAAAGAGGAGAAGGAAUCACAAAGUGAAGGAAAAGAAUUUCACACACAAGAAAAAGAAAAUAGGGACAUUUCGGAAGGCCAGUUGAAUGGCGCGGGACAAUGUGCAGAGGGAGCACUCCUCGAAGUGGAAACCAUGCAUAGCUUAAGGGAUAGCGAGAAAAAAGAAGAAGAGCGGAAAAAGAAAAAUAAGAAAAAAAAAGACGAUCCCACGAAGGGGGAGUCCAAAAAGAACAAAAGGAGGAAAGAUAAAGAAAAAAGAAAAGAGGCCUGGACCGAGGACAAAACGACCGAGGCGAUUAACGAAUCCGAACAUGCGAAAGAAGAAUCCACUGAAAAAAACGAAGAACUGCUUAUUUCACCAACGGGCGAAGUUCAAGAAAGCGUGGAAUACACAACUGAUUCAAUCGCAAGGACUAAUAGCAAGAAGGAGAUCGACUCGAACGGAGGGGCAACGCCGAGAGGAGGAUCCUUGCACAAAAUGUGCCUUUCGAAUGGUGUGAAGCAUCUAGAAACCUACGAAAGCAAAGUAUGUGUGGCGAACUCCUUUCACGACAUAUCGAGCCCCGCGUCUGAGAAUGAGGAGACCCAACAGGGAAGCUACACGGCAGAAUCCGCCAGCUACGGGGAAAAUAGGAAAAGCUUUGACUUACUGUCCUACAUCGAAAAUGGAAUAAAAAAUUAUGUAAAUAUGCUAAAGGAAGAAAACGUAGAGAUAUACGAAAGAAAAUGUGUUAAGGAGAUGAUAGCCUUUCACAAAUUAAAGUUAAAAUACUUAAAAAAAAAAAAAAAAAAAAUUAAGCAAAAUAUACAUGUGGAAAGCUUCACGUCAAAUUGUGGAUCGCACACAUCGCAAAGCACUUCUGAGGAAGACAAGGAAGAAAUAAUUAGAAAUUUUGGCCGCUUCGAUUCUUUCACUUUGGGUCAUGCAGAAGAAGGCAGUUCCAGUAGCGCUACUACACAUAAUAAAAGCAGGAAUAUAAAAAGCCGAAAUGAAAAUGCCCAUUUGGGAAAGAAAUCGAGUAAAAGUAAGAACCAGUGUUCUAAGCAGACACCCUGGUGUAGCGAAAAUGACCGACUUGGCAGCACCACAGCGGUGCAAGUGAAGAAGACGAAGAGGCGAGGUGCGAAUAAAAGUUCCGACGAAUUGAGCCCCGGAAAAAUGGACACGAGUUCUUUGAAGGACAUGGAAGUGGAAAGUCAGUUGGAGGAAUUUGGCUGUGCGGAAAGUGCGAGGCGAGGAUGGGUUCCCCCAAGCAACGGGGCGGAGGUGAAAAGGGAGUGCAACGCGGCGGUGUUGCAGAAUAAAAGCCUAGCCACUCCGAACGAAGACCUCAAUAUGGGAGAAAGCCCAAGCAGCAAAAACGUUUUCGAAUCGUUGUUCCACUUUUACGCAAAGGAUAAAGCAAACGUCGAACCGGAAGGAAAAACAAGACGGGCGGGUUGUUAUGCGAAAGGUAUGGACCUUGAGCUGUUCUUAAAUUUCUCCAAACAUUAUAAAAUUAUAAAAAGUUUAUUAACAAAAAGUGAGUUGGAAAAAAUCUUCCUAAAUGAAAGCAAAGGAAAUGCAUACAUCCAAGGAAGACAGUUCCAGAAGGUGCUCAUGUUAUGUGCACAAAUAGCAUUUACCAAACCACCACAUAGGGUCAAUUUCACAGACACGAAAAAAAUAUUCCAGUGUUUAAUCACAUGGCUUUGUAACAACGCACCUGAGCAACAAAAAAAAAUUAUUUUAAAAAGUUGCCAGCUAGCCGAUGUUUCCAUGUUAACGGAAAAUGGAAAAUCGACCGAACCGCAGAAGGCUGAAGUGAAGGGUUCAACGUUGCGAAACAAACAAUACUCCAUUUCUGUGAAGGACAAAAGUAAGAAGCCACCCAUAAAUAACAUUGUACUAACCAGUUCGCAAAAUUUUGAAACGCCUUCGAAGAAGUUGGAGAAAGCGAAAAUUUUCCGCUACAACACGAGUGUCAAUUUGCGCAAGUAG